ACUUUGAAGGGAAAUUGUUAGCUUUUGCAUAAAAGAGCACAAUCAGCUCUGAAACGUGAAGAGAUGGAAUGGAAGAAGUGUUAUUUGGAUGUGAUAUUGGUUCCCUUGGGAUUUUUCUUAAGCAUUGGUUAUCAUUUUUGGCUGUGGCAUAAGGUUCGGACUCAGCCACACACAACCAUCAUUGGCAUCAAUGCUAGUGGCCGUCGGAAUUGGGUUAAUACCAUGAUAAAGGACAAUGACAAGAAAAACAUCCUGGCUGUUCAAUCAUUAAGGAACACAAUCAUGGGUGCGACCCUAAUGGCCACAACCUCCAUCCUACUAUGCUCAGGUUUAGCAGCAGUCAUAAGCAGCACCUACAGUGUGAAGAAACCACUCAAUGACGCAGUUUAUGGGGCUCAUGGGGAGUUCAUGGUAGCACUCAAAUAUGUCACUUUGCUAACUAUUUUCCUCUUCUCAUUCUUCUGCCACACUGUGUCUAUAAGGUUCAUAAACCAAGUGAACAUCCUAAUCAACACCCCUCAGGACCCCAUGUCCCUUGUGACCCCAGAAUAUAUAUAUGAAAUCUUAGAGAAAGGUUUCAUUAUGAACACUGUGGGAAAUAGGCUCUUCUAUUCAGGACUUCCUCUGUUGCUUUGGAUCUUUGGCCCUGUGAUGGUGUUCCUGUGCUCUCUAACUAUGGUCCCACUACUUUACAACCUUGACUUUGUGUUCACUAGUGGGAAGGGAAAGAUGGACGAGAAUCAAAACAGGGAUUUUGUAUGAAAUAUAAUGUAAUAAUUUAUUAUGUAUGUUAAGUAACAAUUGAAGUUGGUCAUCUUUUUUUUUUUUUUUUUAAUGAUCAUAUAGUAUGCUCUGCCCAAUGUAACGAGCAUUCAGAUGGGAUUUUGAUGUGGAUCGUGAGUACAAAGCAUAUAUCAAACGUGGUGCAUAUUUUUGUUUAGCUUGGUACUUUUGCAGGAUAUAUAAAAGU